CAUUCCUUUACCUUCUCUUGCUGGACAGAAAACUACAACAACAACGAUAGCUGGAAAAGAGAGCAUUUGUGGGUACUUUGCACCCAAAGCCAUCUAAAAAGAAAGAAAGAAAAAGAAAGCAGAGAACACAAUGUCCUCAGGACUGGCACAUUCCGUACCACCAUUACAAAUUAAUGCCAAAUGUUGCUCGAGAUGUGGCAAAGACUUUCACCUCUUUCGCUCAAAGAAGAAUUGCUAUAACUGCGGAAGCAUGGUUUGUGAAAGUUGUAGCGAAUUCAAAGUAAAACUCCCACAGUUCGGUUAUAAUCAUGAGGUUCGUUGCUGUUCUCACUGCGCUCAUUUCCUAAAAGUCUUUAAAAUGGAUUACGCAGCACUGUCGAAAUUGAACAUCAAAACCUUACGUGGAUAUCUACGCUCAUACAACAUACCAACUCAGGGCAUGCUGGAGAAACAAGAUUUGAUCCAGGCAAUACAGAGUUAUAAACCGAUUCCUGAAGCAUCUGAAGUUUAUUUUCGACAGCAUUUACCUAGUACACCAGCAAAAUCAUCGUCUCUAUUAGAAGAACUAACGGGUUUGGGCAGGUCCGAGUCACCCAGUGGAUCGUCAGAUGGAUCUUCAUCAUCAAACACUGGAGAGGGCUUUCUCAACGACAUUGACAGGUUUUUUUCACGACUCUUUGGAUCAGAGGAUCAACAGUCGUCUUCUUCCCCUCAGGCAAACCGGCCUCGUCCCCAAACCCAACCACAACCUCGACCCCAACCUCCACCGGGCGCAUCCUACAGACCCCCUCCAGGAAAUCCCCCUCCAAGAGCGCAAACACGAGCAUCUCAACAACGAAAUGUACCUCCACAACAACCUCCACGACCUAGCACAAUGCCUAAUACACCUCUAACGCCUAAUACGCCUGCAUCCUCAUGGUCUCAAACAUCCCAGUCCCCUACACAGCCAAAGUUAACACUAGAGGAGCUUUUAGCAUCAAGAACAGAUCCCUCAACUCUCUCAAUCAAAGUCAUCAAAGGACUUCUGGAUGAUAGCUGUGUUACAUACGUCGGCGUUGUUGAGAAAAAAGAUCUCGUGGAGAGACUCCAAAAGCUGAUCGACAAUACCAAAGCAGAGAAAGCAAUGUUGCAGGAGCAGGAAGCAUUGUCAGCAUUAGGGUCAAACAAGCCAGCAGAAUCAUCAAAAUCAUCUAACAGUAAGCACGACGAUGAUAACCUUUGUAAGAUUUGCUGUGAUGCCGCUUUGAACUGUGUUAUGCUCAACUGUAACCACAUGUCAACUUGCAUGGACUGUGGUAAACUCAUUCUGGAGGGCUCGAGGAUGUGUCCUAUAUGUAGGGAGUAUGUAGUGAAACUUCUACACGUCUUUAGGGCUUAGUUUCCUUCUCCUACC